CACUUGUCAGCUUCUGGCCACAUUUUUCAUUCUCAUGUUUUAUUUUAUCCUCUACCCCUGUCCUGCCUUGUCCUCGUCCUUUCAUCCUGCUUGUGCUAUCCAGCGGUAUCAUAUCCUCCUAGUUACAAGAAGACUCCACCUCCCGUGCCCCCGCGCACCACCACCAAGCCUCUUAUCUCUGUGACAGCCCAGAGCAGUACAGAGUCCACCCAAGAUGCCUACCAGGAGGGCAGGCAUCCACGGGGCGGUCUGUGGACCACAGACAGCCUCGGCCGUCCCAUCUACAGCUCCACGGACAGCCUGGACAGCACCAAGGCGGUCACCAUGGCCAUGGAGUCAGCAGCAGGCAAGAGGCACGCAUCUUUGGGCAGCCACACCUCCGUCCAGACAUGCGACAAAGCAGUGCUGGUGUCCAAGGCCGAGGAGUACCUCAAAACCCCACGUUCCUCUAUUGGAAUACAGGUGGAAACUGUGACAGACUCUGAGACAGAAAGUAAAGGCCUUCCUCAGUUCCAUUCAAUAGGGAUCCAGGUGGAAGAUCACAAACGGCAUGGGCGGUUCAAGCGCUCUAACAGCGUGACCACUGCAGUGCAAGCAGACAUGGAGCUGGAGGGCUUUCCCUCCAUGGAGGACAAGGGCCUGCAGUUUGGCGGUGCCUUCGGUCGCCACUCUGAGCCAAGCACGCCAACGCAGUAUGGGGCCAUCCGUACGGUGCGCACGCAGGGCCUGUUCAGUUACAGGGAGGACUACCGGCCUUCCAGUGGGCCUUCCAGCCCGCAGCCUGAACCCUGGCUGGUUGGGCCGAGCCUGGAGGGCACUGAAACAGGCCGCGUGUCCCCCCUCCGAAGGGACGGCAGCUGGUUUAUGCAGCUCCUCCACAAUGAAACCAAGCGGUUGGAGGGAUGGUGCAAAGAGAUGGAGAGAGAAGCAGAGGAACAUGACAUGUCGGAGGAGAUCCUUGGAAAAAUCCGGAGCGCAGUGGGAAGUGCUCAGCUACUAAUGUCUCAAAAGUUUCAGCAGUUUUACUGGUUAUGUCAGCAGAAUCUG